UUUAUGGAACUACAGCGACGAAUUGCAAACCUAUAAAAAUUAUAUUGUUAAAAACAGCAACAAAUGCAAACCUUUUUCCAAAUUUAUAUUCAAUUUAAAAAUAUUGAAGUAAACUGAGCGAAAACGGUUGAAGCUCUAUUUGUAUAUUUGAAGUUUAGUGGAGGAAAACGUACCGUUACACAAUUAAAAAUGUUGUUAGAGGAAGAUAAAAAAUUAUGUGCUUUAGUAAAGCAGUAUCCGCAGCUGUAUGAUAAAAAUCACAAGGAUUAUGGUCAGCAAAAGGCUACAGUAGAAGCUUGGAAAAAGAUAGCCGUAUCGUUGGAGAAAUCAGCGGCUAAGUGCCAGGAACGUUGGCGAGAUUUGGGCGCCGUCUAUACUUGUAAGACAAAACGUGGACGGAAUCGUGAUAAGCCAUUUUAUUUAGCUGAGUAUAUGGAAUUCCUAAGGCCACAUCUAAGUAAAGAAACGGUUGUAGACGAAACAUUAGACAGUAGAGCAAGAGUCAAUAAGAGUUAUAAUUCAAGAGCUAGCGAAAAUGAGAACCUCGCCAAUGAAUAUUUCAUCAAGUUUAUACAGUGUCAUAUGCUAAAUAUGACUCCAAGGGAGCAGAGUCUUUUUCGCAUUAGAAUUUGGGAAAAUGCACGCAAAAUCAUCGAGGAUGGAAACAGUGCAUGCAGUGACGACAAUGACGAUCUCAAGAAAUUUAUGUUGUCGAAGAUUGACACAGCAAGAGAACAGGAACGGCAUGAUUUAGAGGAAAAAAUUGAGCAGAAAGUGUAUCAGAAGCAAACAAAUGGUAUAAAAACGGAAAUUGCAAGCGAGUUGUGAACACACAAUUCACAGAGAGCUGUAGAUGCAAGCAGUACUAAGUCAUGAACAGAUAUGUAAUUAUUUAUUAAAAUUAUUAACCCCCUUGAACAGCUAUAAUCAUCGUAUGAGUGUGAGUUUAUAUGCAUGUUUACUUAAAUACAUAUUCUAACCAUAGGUGUACCCGUACGUAUACGCAACAUCGGUAGAGAAACGAAUAGGCGCCGUAAUGUAUGCUUAUGAGAACGAGUAUUAAUCAAUAUAUAGUUUGUAAGAUGGGAAGAACUUUGGGAACGCUAAAGGCAAUUCUGUUUGAAGCCAGAAAACUGCUAAUUUCACUUAGAAGAAAGCACAAAUUUAUUACACUAGAUAAUAACCAGAUAAUUAUUAUAUACACUCUUUUUAACCGUGCUGUAGAGCAUUGUUUAAUUCAAAUAAAUUUCCUUUAUUAUUAAUAUUAAAUAACUAAGCUAAA